GCGGGAGCGCCGCGGACACGCAUUCACUCACCUGCUGACAACCGAGCAAACAUGUUCUGCAGACGAGCAUUGCAGAGAGUCGGGCCGCUGGCACGGAGGGCUUUCCAGCCCACAUCCAUGAAUGCAGCUCCAGUGCGACACAUGGCGUUCGGGAUCCCUGGUAGCUCCUCCAACAUGGCGUACUUUGUUUUGUGUGGAGGAGGCCUCACUGCUGCAGUCGUCUACGCCUACAAGUCAGUCAGCGGUGAUAGUGAGCCCUCUGCGGACAAAAUCGCCAACAUGGCCUCCACAGAAAAGGCACCAGAAGUAGCAGCUCCUGCAGCUGAACCUGCCCCAGUGGAGGAGGCGGCGCCGGCCCCUGAGGUCGUGGCCGAGGUUGUCGUCGAGUCUGUCCCUGCUCCUGCAGAACCAGUAGCCGAGGUUGCUGCUGAACCCGUUGUCGUUGCAGAGUCGGUCCCUGCUCCCGCAGAACCAGUAGCCGAGGUUGCUGCUGAACCCGUUGUCGUUGCAGAGUCGGUCCCUGCUCCCGCAGAACCAGUAGCCGAGGUUGCUGCUGAACCUGUCGUCGAGGCCGUGUCUGAAGAAGUAGCCGCUGUGGUCGUUGCCGAGCCAGCAGCCACAGAAGAAGCUGCUCCACCUGCAGUGGUAGAGGCUGCUCCUGUCGUCGUGGAGGUCACUGCCACAGAGGAAACGCCAGCAGAGGCCCCUGCAGCAGAGAGUGCUGGUACGGCAGCAGUAGAUGAAGUCGCUCCUGCUCCCGCUGCUGAAGCAGAGACUGGCUCUGCAGCCCCCGAGGCUGAGGCCGCCCCUGCUGCAGAGGUGGCUGCAUAAAGCUGUGAUGGUGCCAUAGAUUCCCUGGAAGUAGGGCUUGGAGUUAGUUGUGCUGUGUCCCACCUCUCUAGGCCCAGGAAAAAAGGACUCAUGAAACCCUAUUAUGAUUAAAGUGGGUAUUUCACUUCUGGUUGUUAAUGAAUACCAGCUAGGGGUUCAUCAGUCCAGUUUUUGGGCACCUUCCUUCCCUUCCCUUCCCUUACCUCACCUCAGCCCAACCUUCCGACCCAAACCACAACAUUUGGCAUUAGGUCGUCUGUUAAGAUUCAGUUUGGAAAAUUCAGUUUCUAUAGGAAUUUUUUUUAUAACCAGAGCAAAUCCAAAUUAUGGUUUGGCUGCUGUACAGUUAAGAGGAGUGUUGAACUAGGUGAUUAAAGGGAUGACCUUAGUUGGUGGCUAAUGUGGUUCUAAGUGCCCUUAAAACAGGACAGCGUCUUUUUGUUAUCGACAUGUCAGCACGGUGAAUGAAUGUAGCCCGUUUUGAUAAGUUGUUCAAGUUGUCUUGUGUCAACAUCAUUUGCACUUGGUCAUUUUCUGCUCAGCAAAUGCUUACUUCCAGCUAUAUGCUAUGAAUCAUUGCUUAGGUUAGAUUUAGCAUUUAAACAGUAGAGAUGGUACACAAAGUUGUACGACCAAAAACCAGUUUGCUCUUUUCCUGCCUGCAGCUCUUGUCUAAUUGUCUUGACCAUAUCUUUUUUCUUUUUUUUUUUUUUUUCUCACACAUUCAAAAACUUUGGAAUUUACCAGCCAUGUACAAGAUGUGUGUUUUUUUUUUUUAAUUUUUUGUUAAACUUACUACUUCCGUUUCUCUACAAAACACUAAGAAAAUCUCAUUCUGUCAUUGAG